AUGACAGUCGUACACAUCGUCCUCUUCAAAUUCCGCCCCGAAGUCACCCCGGAGCACAAACAAACCUUCGUCACGGAGCUCAAAACCCUCAAGAAUCUACCCUGUGUCAAAAAUGGACGACUCAUAGUCGGCGGGCCCUCGAUCACAGACCCGAUUGAGAAAAGCAAGGGGUUCGAGAUCGCUCUGGUCAGCUAUCACGAGAAUCGCCAGGCCUUGGCGGAGUAUCAGGCGAGUGAUGAACAUCAUCGUGUGACGAGUACAUAUAUGUUCCCGUACAAGGAGGACUUGGUCAGGUUUGACUUCGAGGUGGACCCGGAUGAUGAAGAGCUAUGUUCGUUUCCGGGGAUAGGGAAACUGGAGUGA